AUGAAUGGUAUAUGGAAGACCUACAAGACAUGGCACAAUAAGUACGGUCCAAUGGUUUGUUUGAAAUAUGGUGAGCGGUUUGGCCAGAUCGACUACAUUGGGGCGCUACUGUCCAUUGGUACCCUUCUAUGCUCGAUUAUGGCCAUGAACUUCGGCGGCGUUCUGUGGAACUGGAGCAGCUCGAACAGCAUUGGUCUCUUUGUGGGUGCCGGUGUCCUGUUGAUCCUGUUUCUGGUGCAACAAACAUUCAAACUGGGAACCAGCUUCGAGAAUCGCAUGUUCCCCAUGCAUUUCUGGAAGAGCCGUACCUUGAUCGUUCUCUUCUUCACUAUGAUGUUGGCGACGUUCGGCAGCUUCAUCGGCAUCUACUAUUUGCCCAUUUACUACCAAUUUACCCGCGGAAGCACAGCCAUUCAGACCUCCGUCCAUCUCCUACCCUUCAUUCGGUUCCUGGUCGCCUUCAACAUGAUCAAUGGUCAUUUCAUGGGCAAGACCGGCUACUACUACCCCUGGUACAUUUUCGGAGCUGCUCUCGAGUUAAUCGCGGUAUCCUCCUCUGUAAGUCCUCCUUCGCACACACUCUCCAUCUACCACGAAACACACCCUAACGAGCCUCGCUACAAAACAGACACCGUGGACGAACAUACCUCCGAUGCCAAAAUCUACGGCUACACUAUCAUCAUGGGCACUGGCGUGGGCUGUUUCUGCCAGGCCGGCUUCGCGAUCGCACAGAUGAAGGUCAAGCCUGAGGAGAUCCCCUUCUGCGUGGGCUUCAUGACGGUCGGACAGAUGAUGGGAAUCGUAUUUGGCACGGGCAUCUCCGGUGCCCUGUUCGUGAACUUCGCGCAACAGGCCCUGCAGCAGGUGUUCCCCCUAACCAGUGAGGAUGAGAUCUCGAAUGCAAUCUCGGGCGUAGGAAGCCAGCUUCUCCGCUCUGCAAGUUCCGAGGAUUAUGCCGCGGCAAUUCAUGGUAUCACCAGGGCGAUCCAGCUGGCCUACGUCCCCAUUAUUGCUGCGGGAGCCAUUUGCUUGGUCUGUGGCUUGCUAAUGAAGCGCGAGAAGGUCUUUGUCACUGGUAGCUUCGCUGGCUAG